CUGUUCCUUGGCAGACUUGAUGAAGAUUAUGAGGACGACGAUGAUGCUUGUGAUGUAAAGCCACCACAGGCUACUUUUACCGUGCAGCCGGCAAUUAUAAACCUUGAAAACGCCUCUACAGUUCACCUCUCUCGUGGCUUUCGAGUGGUGCGUCCGGGCAGCGCGUCUGUGGUGCGGCCGCUCCCGGUACACGGCGACUUCUGAGGGUUUGGACGCACAACCUCUGGGGGAAAACACGUCGACCACUGCUGCAGCAGCAUCAACAUCAUCAACAUCAUCAUAUCAUCAUCAUCAUCAUCAUCGACAGGAGCAGCGCUGCACGGAGACAGCGGCGGGCCUAUGAGGAGCCACGGGGAGACCUGGGAGCCACACACACCGCCCGUUCUUGAUUCUCUCCACGGCUGCUGGUGAGAGCCGACGCGCAGCCGGUCCUGCUCCAAAUGCGCCAAAUACGACCCGCAGAUCGGGGCCGUCUGUACACAGAGGGCGACACGAGCCGCUGAAAUCACGGAGAGCUGCGUAAAACUGUCGUUCGUCUCGUGGCUCUCUGGAGGCACAAGUACGCGUGUCGUCUGCUCUGUACGUAAUCUGUUCGGGUUUUUUUGUUUUUUUUGCGUAAUUUUGCACCGGGUGUUGGAUGCCGCGCGGACCGGGUUUCUUUUGGCGAGGAUAUACAUCUCCAUCGCCCCCCCCCUCCUCCCCUCCCCCCCUCCUGCAUCCACCGCGUCGUCUUCGACCGCGGACACGCACUCGGCCGGACGGCGACCAUCUGCGUGCUGCAACGCGGUCAACAGACAGAGGAAGUGGGUUUACACGAAAGCCAACAUCGCCGUCGGAGCCUUCGACCAGCAAUGUCUUGGAAUCCACUAGCUGCUCUUCCGUGCUGUUUUCUUACAAUGGAAUUGUAGUAGACCCCACGAGGAUUUAGAUCAACUGCGAGCAUGUUGCAGCCUUCCACCAGAACAGGUGACAGCCUGUCGGAAGUUUUACCUCACUUGAGUGAGCGUCAAAGAUGGGCCCCUUUUCUCAUCCUCUGCAUGGCUCUCCUCUGGCUUCCAGGGGCAGCGGGAUCGACCUUAAACUGCCACAAGACAUGCAUCUGCGCCUCAAACAUAGUGAGCUGCUCCAAGAUUAAUCUCACCACUGUCCCAACUGGUAUACCACAAUACACGGGCGUGCUGGAUCUUAGCUAUAAUGAGAUAACACGGCUACGAUCCGAGUGGACGCCAGUCACGCUCCCAAAGCUCCAUAACCUUCUCCUCAGCCACAAUGGUCUCCAGUUCCUGUCUUCGGAGGCGUUUGCACAUGUGAAGAACCUGCGCUACUUGGACUUGUCGUCCAACAACUUGCGGCAGCUGGAUGAGUUUAUCUUCGAGCCUCUGGUCAACCUGGAGGUUCUCCUGCUGUACCAUAACCAAAUUUCACAGAUUGACCGCUCAGCAUUUCUUGGUAUGAUCAACCUUCAGAAGCUCUACCUUAGCCAGAACCAAAUCUCCCGCUUCCCCUUGGAGCUGGUCAAAGAAAAGUCCCGUCUGGAGAAGCUUAGCCUCCUGGAUGUGUCCUCCAAUAAGAUCAAGAUACUGCCCAUUGAUGAGCUCCAGGUGCUGCCUGCUUGGAUAAAGAAUGGCCUCUACCUCCACAAUAACCCUCUGCUGUGUCACUGUGAUCUCUAUACACUCCUAGCCCAUUGGUUCCUUCGAAAGCUCAACUCUGCCGUGGACUUCAAAGAUGACUACACAUGCAUUCUGCCUGGCCCGCAAAAAACAAAAGUAGGCGUUUUUGAUCUCAGCGGAGACAAUAUGAACUGCAGCACAUUCAAUGAGGCAGACGAAGAGGCUUUCCUGGAGCAAACGCUCAUGCUGCGCUGUGACACCAAACACAGGAACAUGUUAAAGACCUGGACGAUGCCUGACAAUGUGCAGGUGACACCCGGAAGCAACCAGACAGCCAAAGUCUUGCAGGAUGGAAGUCUGCAGAUUAGUUCGGUGAGGUCGGAGGACUCUGGGACGUACACUUGCUUUGCUGUGAGCGGGGCCUACAAUGAGACGAUCUAUGUGGUACUGAAGGUUCACAACUUCACCAUGCACGGGGGCGGAGAGACCCUGAACACAGCGUACACCACCUUGGUGGGCUGCCUGGCCAGCGUAGUGCUGGUGCUCAUGUACCUGUACCUGACGCCGUGUCGCUGCUUCUGCUGCCCCAACAAGGGUAAGACUCGGGGUGAGGACAGCAUCCACUCCUCCAUGCUCAGUGUGACACCGACCCACGAGGACCCAGCACUCAAAGCUGAGCUGAACAGGCACGUGGCAUUCAUAGACUCAAAGGGCCUGCAGGGCCAGAACGGAAAGCUGAACCCCAACGGGAAUGAGGAUGAUGAUGAUCUGGAUGCAGAGGCUGGUUCUCUAAUGAAGGGGAAGAGGAAGAAGUCAGUAGCAGAGUCCAUUAGCUCCGUCUUUUCAGACACUCCCAUGGUGGUCUGAGACGACACGGUGGAUUCCACACGACCAGAUGUAUACGGUACAACGUGAGCCAUGUUUAAGUUUAUGUAGACUGUGACUGACCUUGCGGGCGGAAACAGACGGAAGGAUGUUCAUCUGUGUUUACUGGCAAGUGAAAAUGAGGAUCUCAAAGGGAGUAAAACAAAAAACUGUCUUGUUGUUGACAAGGACAAUACGCAGGACUUUUCCAGCAUUUCAAUCUGUAGCACUUAAUAUUCAUACUGUGAAGGGAUGGCAGUGUGCCCAGACACGGAAACUUAUGAGAGUAAAAGGUAGAUAUGUUGUUGAUAUUAGCACUCAGGAAGUGAAACAUUAAUUUGCUAAAGUGGGGGAAAUACAUAUGAUACAUUCACAGAUUUAAACUGAAAAAAAUUAAAUAGCUCACUUAGUUUAUAUUGAAACCAUGGCUGGCUCACAAAUAUAUUUAUCACAAGAACUUGCAUAGAUUCUUCGUAUGCAUAAACAUUAGUGCAUUUAGGAACAUUAAGCCCUUCUCAGUCAACACAGGGACUUAGAUAGGCAGACGGCUGUCACCACGUGUAGUUUACCUUGAGACACCUGUAGAGAAACAGCAUGCCAUGAGACCACAUUAUGACACUGAUCAGUGUGAGUGGGAUCAAGAAAAUGAGGAUUAAUCAAACAUUUAGUCAUUAAUACUGAGAAAGCGGUGGCACAAACAUAUUAAGACGCCAUUGCAGGUCAUUUUUUAAAUCUUAAUCCAGAGCUGAUGCUUAGUUGUACUCCGAUAUAAUUCAUCAGACUGAUUCUUAAUCAUACUCAUUUACUGACAAAGGAAAAUGCCCUUUUUUCCUUUGCGAUAUUAAAGGAUCAAUUUACAUAUGUAUAUGCUAUUGUUGUUAACCAGGUUGAGUCGGAUUACUGUAACAGCCUCUUAGUUACUGCAUUUCUACAGUACAACCAAAAAUAAACUACUGAAGCCUUACACAAUAAAAAAAAUUAAAAAUGGAGCGCCUCCAACAUAUACACAAUAGGUGCAGGGACGUAUUUAGUCUUGACUGAUUAUCAACAUAUUGUCUCAAUUCUGUAUACAGACAUGUCCCAUGCUCCAUAUAAGGACAAACAGACUUUUUGUUUGUUGUCCACCGAGGUGCCAACGACUGCACUGCAGAGUUGAACUCCUCUCAGCUGAGUUAUUUGUUUCUCUCCGUCACACUAGCAGGAAGUUCAAUACCGAGCCCAUGUUAAAAGCUGCCAGCCUUAGUGGAUUUCAUCUGCACCUUACGCAAAAUAUAUGAUGAAAUAUGUUAAUGUACAUUGGUCAAAAAAAGAACAUUGGAGUAUUCAUUCAUCGCGUCAUGAGUUAUGUUGUAUAUUGGAGUGUUUAAUCUUGCAUUUUGUCGGGAUUGAUGAUUCAGAGUUAAAAUGUAGCUGUAGAAAAUGAUGUAUCUAGUAUUCGCAGGUAAACAAAAGAGCCACAUAAUAAAACCAACAGGGUUCUGUUUGAAGAGGGAGCUUCUGAAGGAACACAUAUUUUACAGCGUGUAGCCGCUGACAGGAAACCCCUUGAAUUUACCAGACGUGUCGUAUGCCAUGCAUAUUUCAUUAGCAAGGUUUCAAAACGGAGACCGUGUCUUGGCAUAAACAAGAAAGGGUGAUUGCAUGAAAUUGUUUGGCGUUUCUGUCAAAUUUCAACGAGGCUAGCCCCGAGUAAAUGCUAACUGCAUCUUUUGAUGGGAUGCAGCUCCCCUCUGCUUUCCAUGUCUUUGUCUCUCCGAGCAUGAGAGGAAAGGUGCGUUAUCAUGAGUCACAGCAACACAAAGCCAUCCUCUCCGGCUCUGUGUGCGCCGACAGCCUCAAUUCAUCCCAGAUAUGUUUGCUUUGUUUAUGCACCUCUCUCAUUAUGAGGCCGCCCUUAUGUAAUUUCAAAAGCCAUCAUUCAGCCAGGCAAUGAAUGUGAUGCCAGUUAAGUAGUUUCUAAUUUGUUUAUGAGGGAAACGCCUGGAGAUUUCAUUGAGCAUUUUCUCUCCCACAGAGUCAUGUGGCUUGGAAAGUACAGUUUUCCACAGUAUAUAGUAUAAAAGAGUUGAUAUUUAUGUGAAUCACACACACAUCUCGCAUAGGGAUAUCAAUUUGGCCCUCGACAUCUUGAGGAGUGUACAUUUCUCGGAGCAAUAAAUCUUUACAAAAAAAAAACGGUGGAAUAUUUACAGUUGCUGUGUGCACCUCAGCAUCUCCUGUGUGGGUGAGAAAAGGAAGUCACACUUGGUGGUGUGCUGUGUGAAUCAUUCCACUCGCUCACACACAGGAAUACCAGGUGGAGAAAUAUAGAGCAGCCAAAAUUCCACAAGAUACACUUAAAAUACACAGAGGAUAUUUCCCCAUUUUAAGGGAUCCAGGCUCAAUGUUUUGCACUCCGGAUUUGCUUGUGUAUAAUGGGACCAAUAGCUAAAAUAGACUGAACUCAUACACAGAUAUCAAGGCUAUAAGUUCAAACUGCCAGACCAUAGAGGAAUAUCAUUUGUUUCCCCUGCAGUAAACCAGCGUCGAUCCAGUUCAAUUUGUUGUGGCUAAUGUGCAGCUCUCAGUGGGCUGUCACUAAAUUUUACAAGUUGCAGUUAUGUACAGAGACAAACUAAGUGCGACUGCUAUAGUGAAGAUCCUAAUGUAGAGGAGAAGAGUGGUUUGUUCCCUCCAAAGCAAAUCUGCCUUCCUAUAUAUAUCUAUAUAUACAGUAUAUAUAAAUGUAUUAAGACUCACUCUUUUCUGUGCUCCGUAUUGAUUAGCUGUGUUCUGAUAUGUUCUACCAGUGUACUGAUUGUAUUCUUGUGUGAUCCGAUGUUGUUGGUCAUUUUGCAUUUUGUCUGCCACUGUGCUACUGUUAGUUGUGUCGACAUUCAAGUCUUGACAUAAACGUUUAUUUUUUAAGCAGGGGUGGGGUUUAGUUUUUUAUGGAAAGAGAAUUAUUUUAAACUCGACUCGGCUGAAGCAUAUAGAUAAAUCGGAAAAUGCUUCUUUUUUUUUUUACUACAUAGGAAGGAUGUGAAAUCAUUGGGCACGAUUUGUCCUAAUGGGCAGUAAGAAUGUCAUCGUCAGUUAUUCGGUCAGUAUUUGACUCAAAGCCAUAAGGAAGUUUAGAAGAAAUGGGGAUGUAGGGUGAUGUAGGUGGAGAAGUGAGAUACUGAUUUAAUUAACUGAAUUAAUAUUGAUAAUCUGUCCGUCCACAACAAUGAAUUACUGAAACACAGCAGGUUUGAAGAGAGAGGGUAAAUACAUCUUCUCAGGACUAUCUCAGUUUAAAGUUAUAAUGUAAUAUGAUGUGAAAACUAUUUUAAAAGUUUUCACAUUUGCAGCCACAAUAAGACUAAAUGUUUGAUUUGGGGGAUCAGUGCAGAUCACAGGCCCUUUGCUUUUUGCAGUAAUGGCACUUAAACUGUUCCGUUCAUCAUCGUUUAUUACAGUUGAGAAAAGGGAGUGGCCUCUCACUGCCCGACACACAUCUCUCUCCGUUCCUCUCACUAUUUAGUAGCAAUACGGUAACAUCCUCGGGAUGAUGGAGCUAAAAGCUCUCUGCUCCUACAGUGUGCUACUUUGAGUGUCCACGGGACAAGAAUGGAGCUUUUAACAGCUUCGUAAGCACCAAGUUUAUCGACCGCCCGCUUCAAAGAAGAGCUGGUUGGUCACUGCCAUAAAAUCUUGAAAGGUCUUGCAGCUAAUGGAAUGGCUUUGCAUGGUACACUUAAGAGCUUCUCUGACUGCAGGAUAGGUGCAAUGUAGUAGGAAUUUAAGAAUUCUGAUAUAUCAUUUGACUUAAUAAAAUAUAGAGAUUUAAACCUU